AUGUCCGCCCGUCGCUUCGAAGACCAGUUCGAGCACCAGCAAAACGUACCCUCCGACUCGGACCGCCAGCAUGCCAACGCUGCUUGGGGUUCUGGCGGCAAUGCACCUCACACGACUGCGACUGGGGCCACUGGCGAUGCCAUCCAACAUGCUCUUGGUCGCCAUCAAGACCCCACCUUCCGUCCCGAUCAUACCGUAGACCCGCAAUCCACAACGCGACCUGUGUCGCGGAAGAGAGAAGAUGGCGCUGUUGGUGUUGGUGACGGUCCUCAGAUCCUCAGCACCUCAAAUCAGCUCGAGACUCUAUGCGGACCUCUGCUCAACUACAGAUACAUGAGCGGGCAGUCGACAGACAACCCUUCGUGGCACGGCAGUGUUUUGAUCGUCACCACUCCCGGACAGCAGCAGCCUCAGCUUAUCGUCCGUGGAACCGCCAUAGACUACACCAGACAGGUCGAUGGAGUCAAGCUGUACGAAGAUCCCAAGAGUGCCUUCUGGCGUUUCGACAUCCAAGUACCCUUCCUCCCGCAAGAGUCCAGAUGGGACUACGAGAUUCCUGGCGCCAGAUAUGUUGACUCCAAGAAGACGGCUUCCGCAAGUACCAAGUCGUUCUACAUCCCGUCCAAGACCCAGUCCAUGAGAAUCAUGUUCCACUCUUGCAACGGCUUCUCAGUCGGUACUGAUACUGAUGCCUGGUCUGGCUGCGCUCUCUGGAACGACGUUUUGCGUAUGCAUGAGCAGAAGCCUUUCCAUGUCAUGAUUGGUGGUGGUGAUCAAAUCUACAACGAUGGCGUCAGAGUGGAUGGCCCCUUGAGGCCCUGGACCGACAUCGGUUCACCUCACAAGAGAAGACACUUCCCCUUCAACGAAGAGCUGCGCGCCAAGUGUGACGAGUACUACUUCAACAACUAUGUGCGCUGGUAUGGAACCGAGCCUUUCUCCUUCGCCAACGGUCAAAUUCCACAGCUGAACAUCUGGGAUGAUCAUGACAUUAUCGAUGGUUUCGGUAGUUACACUGAUCAUUUCAUGCGAUGCGCGGUGUUCAGGGGCAUUGGUGGUAUUGCGCACAAGUACUACUUGCUUUUCCAACACCAUCUCGCUCCUCCGAAGAGCACCUUCACUACGGAUGCUCCCCAGACCGUCCACGCCAACGAGCAUGGUACUGCUUCUCCUGAUGCUGUACAAUUGAACGACACGUUCGUCAAGACCGGGGAUGAGCACGAGCCCUCGUAUAUCAUUGGAUCAAAGCCCGGUCCUUACGUUGAAGAGCGCAGCAGAUCCAUGUACUGUCAACUCGGUGCACGUAUCGCUUUCGUUGGUAUUGAUGCCAGGACUGAGCGCACAAGACAUCAAAUCAACUACCCGGAGACCUACGAUCAAAUCUUCCAGCGCACAUCUGCCGAGCUCCAGGCAAAUCCUGCCAUCAAGCAUUUGAUCCUGCUUCUGGGAGUGCCAAUCGCCUAUCCUCGUUUGCAGUGGCUGGAGAAUAUUCUUCAGUCACCUGUCAUUGGUCCGCUUCGUUUCCUUAACAAGAGAUUCGGAGUUGCUGGUGGCUUCUUCAACCAAUUCGAUGGGCAAGUCGAUCUUCUUGACGACCUUGACGACCACUACACGGCACAUCAGCACAAGACUGAGCGCAGAGAACUGAUCCAGCGCUUGCAAGACCUGGCUAAAAGACAUGGAGUACGCAUCUCUAUCCUCGGUGGCGAUGUCCAUCUUGCGGCUUUGGGUAGAUUCUUCAGCAACCCUAAGCUGAACAUCCCUGUCGAGCAGGAUUGGCGCUACAUGGCUAACAUUGUGUCCUCUGCUAUCACAAACAAGCCUCCUCCAUCAGCUGUUGCCAACCUUCUCGCCAGCCGUAACAAGAUUCACCAUCUCGAUCACGAUACUGACGAGACCUUGCUCAAUCUGUUCGACAAGGAUCCUGGCCAUGGACGUGAGGACGUCAAGAACAAGACCAAGGACAAGAAUCACUGCACCAUGCCAAGCCGCAAUUACGCAAUCAUUGCAGAGUCGCACGACGGCAUUGGGUCUUCGGUUGGUGCUGCUGUUGAUGCCGCAACCAAUGGCUACACCAACGGUCACGCUGAUGGACGCACUGAUAGCCACACCAAUGGCCACGCCAACGGGGCUUCGACACUCACGGCGACGCAGUUUCCAGCCGGAGGCAACCCCCGCGAGGCUCUGCAUGCAGGUGAGCAACAGGCUGGUACUACUCACCCUGCUGCUGGAGGCUUGCAAAACACUGGUCUUGGUGGCCCCGAUGGUCUAGAUGUGUGCAUCAAGGUCGAGAUCUCGCCCAGCGACCGUGAGGGUCAUACUCAGGGUUACGGAUUCUCCAUUCCUGGACUCAACGCCGGCGCUUACAAAAGUCAAGGCAGCACAUGGUAA